AAUACAUUAUGGGAUGGCGGCUAUCUUGUGACAAAAAUACAAGUCCCGGGUCGCUUCCAAAAUCUGUUCAAACUUACCAUAUCUGAAAGCACUUAGUGCAGAAUGGAUGCAGAGUCCAAAGAAUCAUCUGAUGACCUCAGGGUCAAAGAAGAAGAGGAAGAUAAAGUGGUAGAGGCAGAUGAGGGCAGCAAUGUGACAGAGGUCAAUAGUGACGAAAAUCCACAUGAGGAUGGUGGUGAUGAGGGUAAACAUGCUGUUGCUGAUGCUGCAGAGGAUGCUACGAUUCACACGGCAGUGGAGGAAGUUGCGACAGUUGAUUCUGGCGGUGAUGAUGCGAUGACAGUUGAUACAGGCGGUGAUGAUGGGAUGACAGUUGAUACUGUAGGUGAGGACAGUUUGAUGAUUGACACAGCACAGGAAGAAGACCCACAGGACAUUGAAGUGAAGAUGGAGGAAGAUAAGUCAGAAGAAGCUGUUGAGAGCUCCGUGGGUGAUGAUGUAAAUAAUGUCCCUACAGCUGAUGCAGCUGUAGAUAUGGAAGCUGUGAACCCAUCCCAUGAUGCAGAGAUACUGGAGGAAGAAGACAACCUAGUUCCUGCAGAUGAAGCAGGGGCAAUAACUCUCAAUCAGGAUAGUAGUGAGGGGCAAUCAGGGGCAAUAACUCUCAAUCAGGAAUGUGGGGAGGGAGAACCAGGGGCAAUAACUCUACAUCAAGGCGAUGGUGAGGAACAAGCAGAGGCUAUCACUCUUCCACAGGAGGGAGCUUCUCUGAGUGAGCAAACUGAGCCUGAGACAAUUACCAUCAGUUUGGAGGAGGCCACACAAAUCUUCCUUCAGCAGCAAGGCAUAGAAGGAGCAGUGCAGAUAGCCCCUGGGACAUAUAUACAGGUGACAGGGGAUGGUACACUUGGUCCGGCUAUUGGCGGUACUGGGGACCCUCUACAGGUGAUAGCUACUGGGAAUGGCGACCUUGUUGGGUACAGCCUGCACCCUGGGAAUGGAGAGGAAGACCAUGGAAUGGUUACAGAGGUAGGAGGUCAGUUUAUUCGGAUUGAGAAGGCCAGUAUUGACAAUGCGGACAUUGCCAAUGAUGCAGAUGGUGCUAUGACAGUUGUGAAGGAAGAACCUGAUGUACGAGAUGAGGCAUCAGUUGUGGACAAUCAUGUGGAAGGACAUCUCGGGCAGGUGUCUUCUCAGAUAGUCACAACCCCUGAGGGUCAGUUCACCCUGUCCCAGGGUCACUAUGUGAGAGAUUCUGAUAGAACUGUGACUGCUGCCACUACAGACGGGCUGAGCAGUACCCCCCAGUUGGUCCAAGUUGCAGGGGGACAGCUGAUGGCCGUGUCCCACAGUCACACUGGACAGUUGACCAACGUGUCAGACGCACAGCUCACUUCACAGUCUGCAAUUCCAUUCAGUACUCAUUCAGGAACAGUAUUCACAACUUCAGGAAACCAGAUUAUUGUGUCGUCAGGAGGGCAUAUACCAGUGUCGUCUGUUGGUCAGAUAUCCGUCUCAGAUGGACACCUGUCCAGUGGGAACACUGUCCAGUACUCAUUACUUAACACUGGAACUCCAGUCUCUGAGGGAAACCUUCCAUCAGGGCAGGUGUCAGUGAAGAUGACUAAGACUGAGGUGAAGUCUCCUCCUCGACAGCCAGACUUGAACAGCCCUAUCCUGGUUGGAGACAAGACUGAGGUGGUCAUUGGAGGAAAGAAAUGUGUGCUGAUGAUGAAUCCAGAAACCAAACAGAUUUGUGCCUAUCCAUUGCUUCCUCCACCAGGUAAGAAGAAGCGUGGGCGACCACGGAAACCCAAGCCAGGUGAGGAAGGAUAUCAGCCACCAAGUCUUGAUGGAUCUGCAGGCUUUGACCCAGGGAAUGACUCCCAGAGAGACCAGACAUCCAGCGCAGCAGAGGGACUGUUGGAGCUGUCUAACGCAGGUGAUGACUUGUCCUUUAUGGGGUUGAGGAUGAGGAAGACUCGGGUUCUAGAUGACUAUGAUGUCCUCGAGGUGUCUGGCAGUGAAGAGGAUUCACCACAAGAUGACUAUGAGGCCGACCCUGAAAUCACCAUUACUGGGAUGAAAAAGAGAAAGAUAGCACCCCAAACUCCAAUCAUGCCUGUCGCCAUCUCAGGUAUGAAGAGAGGGAGAGGUCGCCCUCGCCGCUACCCCCCACCGGGUCAGACAUCCACCGCUAACAGCAUCCCUGCCGUCAUCAUCCCCACUGCCAAUGGGCAGACUCUCAUGAUGGCCCCCAUACAGGGUAUUGGGAAUAUCCAAGCUCUCCAGAACCAAGCAAAGACUCUCCAGAAGAUUGAACCAAAGCCUGCCGAGUCGACAGAGGCAGCACUCGCCAUCAGCGACGGCAGCCUCAUCACAACUCCAGCAAAACUCAGCUCUUCCGUCACACCCAUUGCGCUUGACUCCUCCAACAACUCAAUCCUUGACAGCAACAACAUCCUCAUCAACCCCCUGCAUGACGAUGGAGGGGACUCCGACAACGAGGACAUUGACACAAUAGAGAAGCCAGUGUCGGUGGAUGAGGAUGGGAAUGAGGGCAGCAGCCAGGCCACCAUCAUCCAGAUACCUGAAAAUGUACUCAACAUGUUUGUGCAGAAGAAAGAUCCCAUCAAGAUUGGUAUCAAGGCGUCUGAGACGGACCUCGAACGGCUGAAGUGUCCCAAGUGUGACUUCCAGGGCUGCUACCCCCAGCAGUACCAGGACCACAUCGCCCAGCAUGGGGACGACAUCCACAAGUGUAAAUGCUGCAACUAUCUCACCUUUGACAAAGAUGACCUCUUCACACACUUCAGGGACACACAUCCACGGUGUAUCUGCAGUAUCUGCGACUUCAUGGCCGAGCACGCCUACAUCAUCAAGCGACAUAUGAUGCGACACAAUGCUCAAGGCUGCACCUGUGAUCUCUGUGGCAAGGUCUACAAGGAUCAGUACAUCCUGAAGAUGCAUAUCAAGAUGGUCCAUAUGCCAGCAGAGGUGUUGUUUGAAUGCACAGUAUGCUCGAAGAAGUUUACACGGAAAGCUCACCUCAAACGCCAUUUACGAAUACACGACCCUGAAAAGCCUUUCAAGUGUCCCCAUUGUGAAUAUAGGGGCUGUGAACGGUCUGACAUCUCCAAGCAUCUGCUGAUACACCAGGACCCCAAGCAUGUCUGUGAAGUCUGUGGCAAGGCCUUCCGCCAUGUGAAGAACAAGGAGCUCCACGUGAAGAGACACAACGGUCAGAGAGACUACAAGUGUGGCGUGUGUGACUUCUAUGGGUACACCUUCACCGAUAUCCGUAAACACAUUGAAAGGAAACAUGCUGAUAUAAAGACCUUGGUCUGCGACAAAUGUGGUUCCGCGUUCAAGUCCGAGGCUCUGCUGAGGGACCACCAGAAGGACACCUGUGAGGUGCUGAUGAUAGAGCAGGCUCUUGCUAUUGCCACGUCCUCGGGAGGCACCAGUCAGGCCACCAUCCAGAUCCCUUCCACCUUGUCAGUGGAUGGCAAGCACAUCACUAUCGAUGGACAACAGAUAGCAGUGGAUGAUGGGCAACACAUCACCAUUGAUGGGCAGCAGAUUGCCGUGGAUGGCAGCCAGGUUAACAUCACUGUGGAACAAGUUAUGACAGAUGAUGAGGAGGAUCUGACCUUGACGGAAGAUCAGGUUGUGGAUGGUCGGAUAGCAGUGAGCGAGGCACAGGUCAUAGACUCCGGGCAGGUCAUGUCAGAGGUCAUACACAUUCAGCGCCAGGAAGAGGAGAUGGAGGAGUCUGAGAUGGAAUCAGAGGGGAUCAUGACGAUGGCCGAAUGAUUCACUGAAUCUUGGAGGAACUGAGUCUUCAGAAUGUAACCAUGCCUGUAGCAGAAUGAGCUAUUAGCAUCAGAACAGACUGCCGAUGGUCAUGGCAGAGUAACAUCUUUAUGAGGCUGUGAGGGAAGCAUGAAUCUGAUGCAACAGUUAGUAAAUGAACCAUUUAUAACAUUGUUGGACAUCUCCAUGUUCUUCAGAGUUCAACUCCACUCAUGGAGUGUCACACCGUGCAAGAUGGAGUCUAUGGUGCUAUGACAUUUACGACAAUGAGAUCUGCUGAUCUACUUGGAAUACUCAUGGACAAAUGUGCUUUCAAGGAAAGAUAACUUCUCGUUGAUGCGAUCACAGAUGACACCACUGGAGCUUAUGACUCUGCUGGUGCUUCUGGGGAGUUCAGGAGCAUAUGAUUUUAGUGGUGUUACAGGAUUCUGGGAGCUUAUGACUCUGGUGGUGUCUCAGGACUCAAGGAGCCUAUGAUUCUGGUGGCAUUACAGGGUUCCAGGAGCUUAUGAUUCUGGUGGUGUCUCAGGACUCCAGGAGCCUAUGAUUCUGGUGGCAUUACAGGGCUCAAGGAGCUUAUGACUCUGGUGGUGUCUCAGGACUCCAGGAACCUAUGAUUCUGGUGGCAUUACAGGGUUCCAGGAGCUUAUGACUCUGGUGGUGUCUCAGGAUUCCAAGAGCCUAUGAUUCUGGUGGCAUUACAGGGUUCCAGGAGCUUAUGAUUCUGGUGGCAUUACAGGACUCAAGGAGCUUAUGAUUCUGGUGGUGUCUCAGGAUUCCAGAAGCCUAUGAUUCUGGUGGCAUUACAGGGUUCCAGGAGCUUAUGAUUCUGGUGGCAUUACAGGACUCAAGGAGCCUAUGAUUCUGGUGGCAUUACAGGAUUCCAGGAGCCUAUGAUUCUGGUGGCAUUGCAGGAUUCCAGGAGCCUAUGAUUCUGGUGGCAUUACAGGGCUCAAGGAGCUUAUGAUUCUCGUGGUGUCUCAGGAUUCCAGGAGCUUAUUAUUCUGGUGGUGCUACUCUGGAGUACAGGAGCUUAUGAUCCUAUUGCUGUGAGGAGAAAAUUCAGUAUUCUACGAUUCUCAUAAUUGAUCGGAAGGACCUUAGUAUUAUAUUUUCUGGAGAAUGUGCAAGGACCGGAAGAACCCAGACAAGUGAUUUGGGAUUCUCACACACUAGAUCCAUGGAUUGUGGGGCUAAUCUUCACAUGCUUUCUUUCACUCAAAGAAAUCACCCAGCAGUGAUUGUCAGAACCACAGGAGAGUUAGAAACAUUGUUUUGUCAGAGAUUUUUUUUUCAUAUGAAUUUGCAGAAAAACAUUCAAUACAAAGGAGGAAUGACUAUAUCCCCAUAUUCCAUGAAUACAUGGUAUCUGGUAUCAGAUUAUCUAUCCAUACCCUGUGUCAAAAGGUGAUCAUAGUGGUAAGGCUAUUGUAAGUCUAUAUUAAAAUACUGGUGUUACGAUGGUCGUAGCGCUAUGACCACUUUGUGGAUCUGGCUCCGUAUCAACCUUUUUUCCAUGUAUUAUAUACCACAAUGAGUUAUGAGUUAUGACACCCUGGCAUGACAGAUUACUGGUAACUAUGGCAAUAUGAAAGAAUCAUCCUAUGCUAAUUUUGUUAAUAUUAUUCAUCCAUGCCAUGUCCAUUGCUUGAGUUGAUAUUAAUCAUUAUUGUUUGAUUUUUCACACUGCUUGAUAGUCGCCUGCAUCUACCUAUACACUCCAGCAAUCUCUAACAACAGACCGAAACCUUUUACUGUCUUAAAAUAUAUAUGUUGGUUUAACCCUGACAAGGCCCCUGUGAUGAAGAAAUAGUGGUCCUUAUUAUAAUGUGUCAAGUUUUAGUGUAUCAUAUCACAAUUACUAUCAAGAUACACAUACGCAUCAAAGUAUAUCAUUACAGCUAUGUUUUCAUACAUUCUCAUGAUACAAGUAUACCAAAGAAUUCAGUCCACAGAAUGAAGUCAACCAUUCACCUAAAGUGUACCAAUAAAAUGGAUUAUAAGAAGUCGGUCUUGACAUCAACAACAUCAGAACAAAUGGUUCAGAAAGUCUGGAGAAUGAGGCAUCCAUUGACCAGUAGGAUGCUGCCGCGAGCAUGGAUGUUUUCAAUGGGUGUAUUAUCAUCUGUUUAGGAAACAUGUAUUCCUAUUGAAGUCCGGUGAUCUUGUGUUACCUAUUUCCUGGAAUCAUGGAAGAGCAUCAUGUUCUCCACAAUAGAACCUCAUUGUCUGUCAGGAUUAUGGACGUACUGCUCAUGCUAUGACUGAAGUCUCUACACGCCUGUCAUCACAAAGCACGACUUUGUAAAGGGAUGUUAUCGUUCAUACACUCCCACAUCGGGGACAGAGACUUCAGGUCGUUAUCGACGGCUGUGGAUGUGCCCCGAGAAUUAUGGGAAGAAUGUACAUGGUGGUUACACCACCCUAGGGCAGAUAGGGCGGGAGACAGGUUCUUCCGUAUGACAGACUUUCAAUGACAUCAGCAUGCCUCUUUCAUUACCGGACACAUCUGUGGACAGGAGUUCUACAUGUCAAACAUGGUGUAUGUCGGUGUGAAUUUUGAUGGGAUUAGCAUUGACCCCAUUUAAAUAAAUGUUGACAUGGUUUAAGGAUGGUACUUUCACAUAGGACAGUCAUGAUAUUAAAAUGUAUAAAUAUGUGGAAUGGCGAAUUUAUUGAUACAUGUCUCGAAGAGACAUAUUGGGCUUUUUGUAUUAUUUUGAGGCAGUAAUAUCAGUAAGUAAGAAUGUCAAUGGAGAUUUUAGUAUUGAUUUAUGGAAUAAACAAAAUUAGUGAUAUACUAAUCAAUAGAUUUAUGUUAAUGGUGCAUCUUAUACAGACAUUUCAUUGUUUUAUAUGAAGUUUUUGUUUAGGAAUGAAUUUUGACCAAUGUUAGUGUCAGUUAUAUCACUUAGGGACCAAACAUUUGAUAUUUUGAGGUUGAGAUUGUAAAGGGUACCAGCGAAAAUAUGUUAUUCUAAGAGACGCUUGAUAAAGAUAAUCAUGAUUGAGAUUGUUGGAAACCUUUUGUCAACCAUGAAAACUACAUUAUUGCAGAUUGGGUUUUGUUAGAUGUAACAAGACUCAUGGCUUCAAUUUUGUUUAAAUCUAUCACUGCAGCAGUAUCUGAGAAAAGGGUUUCAUCACCGUACACAAUCCACCUCCUCAAGUUUAUCUUACUAUCAUCGAUGACAGUGUUCUUAUGGAAUCGUUCCUGAAAGAACGGGAAAUUCAGUCAGUCUUAGCAGUGUAUGAAAUAAGGCCCAUCCGACAGCCCGAGAUGUUCUAGAUUUCUGACGAAUGGUCUAAAUUUACAUCUAGCCAGCCCAAUGGUCUGGUAAAAUUUGUAGAUGUUCCAUACAUCUGAGUAAAUUCGCCAUAUUUGGUCUGGUUAAAUCCAUUUUGGACUGGUAACAUUUUGAAGUUACCAGCCCUGAUGUCUGGCUGGCUUUUUGGCUUAUUUCAUACACUUGUCUUAGUCCUUCUUACCACCACCGGAUCCUACCACUGUACCUGACAUAUGUGUACCCUGGUACAUAUUAUAGGUGGUCACAUUUGGCUGAUGAGUGACAUGACUGUAUGUGUGCCCUCAUUGUAGGAUGAACUGUCAGCGAGGUGAUCUGAUCCUGUGACAGUGUAACCCUAAUCUACAGCUGAUCACUGGUUUGUAUGGUCCAGACUUUCCUUCUUUUAGACCACUGUGAUAUAGUUGUGACAUUUCUAAGCAUGGCAUGACAUAUUAUUUACUUACCACAGUAAAUGAAGUACCAUAGUACUACAAAGUACUGAAGCAGAAUGUACUUUCAUAUCAUCAGCCAUAUCUGUAAAUACUUCUCAUUGUACAUGCAUUAUUUAUAACAUUCUCAACUCAAGACUAUCAGUGCUGAGACUAUGACAAGGAGUGUUUACAGAUCAUGAAGGAAGUGUUUCAGGGUCGAUCUGUAAGCUUGAGCGUGACCUGUAAAAACAGCAGGUGUCCUUUGUCUCUGGCAUCCAGGUUGUUUGAGACACUGGGAUGUGCUGUGGACAUUAUCUUUGACCAGGAUUCUUGGUGUGUCCGCACCAUCCCUGGUAAAUGCCUAUGGUUUUAAAUUCAUGAUCUCAUCCCACAUUUAGAAGGCUAUGUUGACACUAAAAUAUUGUUCAAAGUGUCAGUAAACUCAACUAUUUCACUCAAAUCAGAGCCCAUUGGCACUGUAUCUCACUGUACAGACUUGAAGAGCUGCAAGCCAGGAGGUGAAAUCCCAGUCAUGAUCAGCACCAAUCACUGGGAGGAUUUGUCCUGCUGUUUAACCUGUAUGGCAGGCAUCAUAACAACAAAAGGAGUUACCGGUACUGAGAUACUUCCUCCAACUCACCCAGUCCUUUUCAUUGGUUACAGCAAUGGUAGUCUUGUUUAUGUUGACUGUAAAUAUGAUUGUUCAAACUGACUGUUAUUUUUUGUUAUACAGUUUAAAUUAUGAAUAAACUUGAAGAAUAUA